AUGCGAUCAUUGAGUUACCAGUCCCUGCAAGACUUUACUGGCCUUCCGGCCGUUCGGGAAGCGGUGGCAAGCGGCGAUCCGGGCAUCCUCGUCCUUGACCUUCCUGUCUCGCAAAGCGAUGCAUCACCCAAGACCUUGCCGCAAGGCCUAGUGGUACAAAAGCAUGGCGUGCCGAGCUCUGUGUCCGUCACUGUGAUGGAGAAAUUGCACAAGUUCUCGCAUGUUGUCUUCAAAAACCUCAGUCAUGCCGUCGAGCUACCGUGGGAGAAGUAUCUUGGCGAAAUGCACGAGUUCACUGCCCCAGGUGAUGAUGAGUUACGAACCGUAUCACUUGAUGAGCCACUAGCAAAUGAAUGGUCUACCUUGGUGAGUGUCCAGUUCCAAGACACGAUGCUUGGUUUACUUAUCUGCCAGACCAUUAUCUUAAAUGCAUCACACCCCCAGCAGGCUCUUGUUCUUUUCGGUACGGCAUUGGCUACCUUCACCGAAGGAAUCACAUCGAAGCCUCCUGGGCCUGCGAUCGACGUUGGCGAGCUUGCUGGGCUGAUUGGCAAACCAGAGGGAGACUGGAUGGUGUAUUAUGUGAGGCCGAACGAGGACGUCUUUUAUACCAGAACAGCUGGUGCACUCAUGACACCGUUGAGCACACUUGAGUAUGAGCAGAGGAAACGAAUCAAGGACUCCAAGAUUGUAUGA